GACUAUCCCUCCCAAUCCCAUAAGGACCCUUUCACCAAGCAAAAGAUCAGCUGGUGAGAUGGCUUCCGUUGCAGCAUCGACCGCAGCAGCCUCCCUCGGAGUAUCGGAGAUGCUGGGGAACCCACUCAACUUCAGCGGCAGCGCUGCCCGGUCGGCCCCCAUGGCCUCUAGCCCCGCCACCUUCAAGACCGUGGCACUCUUCUCCAAGAAGAAGGCUGCCCCUCCCAAGUCUAAGCCCGCUACCGUGUCCCCGGCUAACGAUGAGCUCGCCAAGUGGUAUGGUCCUGACAGGAGGAUUUUCUUGCCCGAGGGGCUCUUGGACCGAUCUGAGAUCCCCGAGUACCUCACCGGAGAGGUACCCGGAGACUACGGCUAUGAUCCUUUUGGGCUCAGCAAGAAGCCAGAGAACUUCAGCAAGUACCAGGCAUAUGAGUUGAUUCAUGCCCGGUGGGCUAUGUUGGGAGCUGCUGGCUUCAUCAUCCCCGAAGCCUUCAACAAGUUCGGCGCCAACUGCGGUCCUGAAGCUGUUUGGUUCAAGACUGGAGCUCUGCUACUUGAUGGUAACACAUUGAACUACUUUGGGAAGAACAUCCCCAUCAACCUGGUUGUUGCUGUCAUCGCCGAGGUCGUUCUUGUUGGUGGUGCAGAGUACUACAGAAUCAUCAACGGCUUGGACUUGGAGGACAAGCUUCACCCAGGUGGUCCAUUCGACCCAUUGGGCCUUGCAAAGGACCCGGACCAGGCCGCGAUACUCAAGGUUAAGGAGAUCAAGAACGGAAGGCUGGCCAUGUUCGCAAUGCUUGGGUUCUUCUUCCAAGCCUAUGUCACCGGAGAGGGCCCUGUGGAGAACCUUGCUAAACAUCUCAGUGACCCCUUCGGCAACAACUUGCUCACCGUGAUCUCAGGAGCUGCCGAGAGAGCCCCCACGCUUUGAUUCUUUCUCAUCAUGGAUGAAAUUCUUUCCCGAGAUCCUCAAUGCUAAUGGAAGAAUCUGUAUAUCUCAUCUUGCGACCUAAUUAAGGCGCUAAACCUUCAAACUUGGAAUCCCCUGCUGUUGCUGAUGGCCAAUGCUUUUAUGCUGAUCAUAGAGAGGCCUGGCACUGUGUACUUGAUCCCCGAAAGUAACAUCGUUUAGUCGUUUUCUUCAUUUUAAAACAAUUCGCAUCACCCAUCGACAUAUAAAGUAUUUGGUCAUUUAAUUGA